CACAUCGUCAUACAUGAAAGGUAUAUAUAUGUAGUUUACUCAUCACUAGGGUUUCAGAGCGAGAGGGACCGAGCCGGCGACGAGUAGGAGGAGGGUGAGGGGGAGAGAGUAGAAUAGCCACUGCGCCGCCGUCACCGCCGCUGCCCCGCCAAACAUGGGUAUUUCUCGGGAUUCGAUGCACAAGAGGCGCGCCACUGGCGGCAAGAAGAAAGCUUGGAGGAAGAAGAGAAAGUAUGAGUUGGGUCGACAGCCUGCAAAUACCAAGCUCUCCAGCAACAAGACUGUGAGGAGGAUCCGUGUAAGAGGAGGCAAUGUUAAGUGGAGGGCUCUGAGAUUGGACACAGGGAAUUACUCAUGGGGAAGUGAGGCAGUGACCCGCAAGACCCGUAUCCUUGAUGUUGUCUACAAUGCAUCAAAUAAUGAGCUUGUUAGGACUCAGACCCUGGUGAAGAGUGCAAUUGUUCAGGUCGAUGCUGCUCCGUUUAAGCAGUGGUACUUGCAGCACUAUGGUGUCGAUAUUGGUAGGAAGAAGAAGGCUGCAGCUAAGAAGGAAGCUACUGAGGAGGGAGAAGCAACCAUAGAGGAAGCCAAGAAGAGUAACCAUGUCCUCAGGAAGCUCGAGAAGCGCCAGAAGGACCGUAACCUUGACCCCCAUAUCGAAGAACAGUUUGGGUCAGGAAGGUUGUUGGCCUGCAUUUCCUCCCGGCCUGGUCAAUGUGGAAGAGCUGAUGGGUAUAUAUUGGAAGGGAAAGAGCUUGAGUUCUACAUGAAGAAACUUCAAAAGAAGAAGGGCAAGGGUGCGGGUGCUAGCGCUUGAUUGUACUGUACCUACCCUUCCUUUUUUGUCCCGCCUUCAGGGGAUUCAUGUCAGAAGAUCUCAUUUUUGACAGCUUACAAUUUGAGAGGUUUUUAUGUUUAUUGUUUUGGAACAGCUGAGACUCGGUAUGAACAAUUCUUGUCAGAUGUCGUUCUAAUGAUUUCUGAUACCAGUCAUCCGGCUUGUAUUUGAGUAUUCAGAUCCUCUACUUUGGUCUUCUAGACCGUCAUCAAAUGGCUUUGUUAAUGACCCAGAUGUAAUGUCGCCCCUAAUCCGAUGAUAAUGUACGGAUUCGCCUUUGUAAGUGUUAAAAGA